AUGUUUGGCAAGGCCGCCGCCGCGCCGUCCGCCGCUGCUUACGUCAGCAAGCUGCAGGCUGUCACGGCUAGGGACCAGCCGUCUGGACAAGGCGGCGGAAAACAGGCGGAGGAUUCGCCGCUUUCCGCCGCGCAGCAGGCGCUCCGCUCCCCCUCCCCGCUAGCGCUUCCCGUCCAGCGGGACAAGGGGAAUCCGCCCAGCGGCGCACUUCCGCCGAACGCGCGUUCCGCCUCUCCUUCCCCCGUCCCCGCGCGCACCAUUCUCACCACCCCCGGGCAGGCCGCGCCCCGCCCUUCCCAUUCCGCGCAACCUGACGUCAGCAAGGCUACAACGGGUGCAGACGAGCGGGGAAGCAGCGGAGGGGCAGGGGGGAGAGAGCAGGGGACGGCGAGUCAUGCGACUGUGAGCCACGCGCAGCUGAGUGCGGAGCAGGCGGGGCGGUUGAAGCAGGUGGAGGAGAGCCUGGAGGCGACCAACUACGAGCUGGCGGCGCUGCGGGCGAAGCACAACGAGAAGACGGCGCGGCUCAAGACGCUGCAGGAGAGCAACGUGACUCUCGAACACAAGGCCAAGGGGCUGCAGGCAACUCUGACAGCUGCAGAAGCAGAGAUCGCUCGCUUCGAGGAGGAAAAGGAGGCGCUGCGGCGGCGGGUGGAGGAGGAGGAGGCGGGGAAGCGAGAGGAAGCCGUGCGGAGCGCCUUGGAGCGACAGCAGGAGGAGCGAAUCGCUCCCCUGCAGUCCGCACUACAGACGCUGGAUGCUGCCCAUGAGGGCGCCAUGAAAGAGCUUGUUUUGCUAAGAGAGUCUUUUAAAGCGUCGGUGGAAGAGGGUAAGUAUUUAAGAGCUAGGCAGGCGGAGGGGGAGGUGCAAGUGGUUGAGCUUAGGGGAAUGCAGGAGGUGGUUUUGGGGGAUUUGGAAUCGCUGAGAGGUCGGUAUGAGAGUGUGUGUAAGGAGCUUGAGGAGGAGAAGGAGGGGAGGGAGAAGGAGAGGAAGGAAGGGAAGGAGGCGAGGGAGAGAGCUGAGAGGUUGGAGAUGGAAAAAGCGAAGUGGGAGGGGAGGAUGGCGGAAGAGAAGAGGAUGAGGGAGGAAUCGGAGGGGGAGGUGGAGAGGGAGAGGAGGGAGAGGGCAGAGUUAGAGGGUAGGCUGGAGGCAGUACGAGAGGAGAGAGAGGCAGAGAGGAAGGCGAGGGAGGAGGCGCAGGGCGUGUGUGAGGGAUUGAAGAGGGAUGUAGAGCGGUUGGAGGUAGAGGUGGGGGCGUUGAAAGCAGGGAGGGACGAGGCAGGGAGGUUGCUAGCAGGGGCAGAGGCGGAGAGGGAGGAAGAGGCGAAAAUGGUUGAAAGAGUGAGGGAGGAGAAGGAAGAGAAGGAGAAACAGCUGGGAGAGCUGAGAGAGGAGCAUGGGAGGGUGCAGGGGGAAUUGGAGGCACUGAGGGUGCAGUAUAGGAGCAAGGAGGCUGCGUUUGAUACGCUUGUGGCAAGCCAUGGUGCCAUGGGUGCUGCUGUAGAGGCUAUGAGAGGCGAGAUGGAGGAGAAGGCUCGGCAGGUGGAGGCCUCUGCCAAGGCUGCGGACGAGGCUCGGCAGCAGAUGGUGGAGGGUCGGGAGGAGCUUGGGAAGGUGCAGGGGGAACUGGAGAAGGUGGUAUGUGAGGUGGAGAGAGUGAGGGAGGAGGUGAGGGAGAGGGAGAAGGAGAUGGGGGAGAUGAGGGAGAGGUAUGAGAGGGAGAUGGCAGAGAGGGAGGAGGAGAUGGAGAGACAGAUGGGUGCUUUGAGGAGUGAGUUGGAGGAGAGUAGGAAGAAGAGAGAGGAGGCUGAGACACGGGAGGGGGAAUUGCGAAAGGCAAGGGAAGAGGUGGAGAGGGCGAGGGAGAAUGAGGAGAUAGAGAGGAGGAAAGCAGAAGAGGAGGUGAGGAGGUUGGAGGAGGAGGUGGGGAGGGAGAGGGAGGAGCGGAGGAGUGAGGUGGAGGGAUUGAGGGAGGCACAGGAGCAGUUGGAGGAGAGGAGGAGGGAGGCUGAGGGUGAGGCGAAGAGGAUGAGUGAGGAGGUUGAGAGGGUGAGAAGGGAGUGUGAGGAGGCGAGGAAAGAGGGUGAGGAUAGGAGGAAGGAAGUGGAGGAGAAGUGUGAGGAGGUGAGGGUGUUGAAGAGUGAAAUGGAGGAGUUAAAAAGAGAGAUGAAGGGAUUGAGGGAGAAAGUGGAGGAGAGGGAGAGGGAGUUGGAGCGAGUGAGGGGGGAACUGGAGGCAGUGAGAGGAGAGAGGGAAGAGGGGAGGAAGAGAGAGGAGGAGCUGAGAGGACAGCUGGAAGCAGCAAAGGUGGAAGCUUCCAGGAAGGAGGCGGAGCUGCUGGUGCGAGUGGAAGAGGCAGGGAAGGGGAGAGAGGCGGCAGAGAGGGCUGGGGAGGAGAGGGGGCGGGAGAGGGAUGAGAUGAAGGAGGCUCUGUGGGUGGAGAAGGGGAAGGUGGAGGUGGGGGAGGAGAGAGUGAGGGGGUUAGAGAGGGAGAUGGAGGAGGUGAGGAAGGGGAGGGAAGAGAUGGUCGAGAGGGUGGGGCAGCUGGAGAAGCGAUUGGAGGAGGCUGGUGCUGAGCUGGCAGCGGCGCAGGCUGAUGUGGCGAAGCACGUGGAUGAGGCGGCAAGGCUGAAGGGUGAGGUGGAUUCGAAGGGGGUUGAGCUUGAUGGGAUAAGGAAAGAGUUGGAGAGGGAGAGAGAGCAGCACAGAGAGACACGGGAAGGCCUGGAGGGGGUAAGAAAAGAGCAGAGGGAGGCAAGUGAGGAAGCGGCAAGGCUCAAAGAGCAGCUUGCAGGGAUUGGGGGCGAGAAGGAGGUUUUAGGUAACGCACAUGCGAAGCUAGAGGAGGAGGUGAAGGAAUUGCGUGGAAAGUUGGAGGAGUUGGUGAAGCAGAGGGAGGAGGAGAGGGUUAAGCAUGCCGGUGUGGUGGUGCGGUUGGAAGGGGUGCAGAGGGAUGUGGAGGAGGCGAGAGGGAGAGAGGAGGAGAGGAAGAGUGAGGUGGAAAGGUUGCAAGAGAGAGUGAGUGAGGCAGAGAGGGAGGUGCUGGAAUGGAAGGGGAAGUGUGCUGAGCUGGAAGAGGGGACGAGCCAGCUCAGCGCCAAGCUGGCAAAGGUAGAGGCUGAGCUGGCAGCAUCGCUGGCGGCUGCUCAAGUGGCGGCUGCAGAGGUGGCAGGGGUGAGGGACAAGGUACGGCUGGCUCGGGCCGAGGCUGACCAGCUUCGGGAAGAAGUGGCUCGGCAGACAGCCGAGGCUGAGGGUCGGGAAGAGGCGCGGAGGAUGUGGGAGGAGAAGCAUAGGGAGGCGGUGGCUGAAGGGGAGGUGAGGAAGCAGGACGCGGAGAAGGCAGCUGCUGACGUGGAUAAGAUGAAAUCUGAGCUGGCGGUGGUGAUGGGUGAGGUGGCAGUUGUGUCAGCGUCGCUGUCGGCUGCAAAGGCUGAGAGAGAAGCAGCGAGAAAGAAGCAGGAGGAGGCGGAAAGGGAGGUGCAAGUGGUGCAGGUGCUACUGAGAGAUGCACUGAGGGAAUUGGAGGAGGCGAAACGAGGGGUGGUGGAGGCUAGGAGUGUGGGGGACGGGGAGAAGGGCAGAGCAGAGGUAGCAAUGAGGCAAGCUGCAGAGGCGUGGGAGGAGAUGGGGCGGUGGAAGGGAGAGGCAGAGCGGAGCAAAGCAGAUGUUGAGUUGCUAGAGAGGGAGGUGAAAGGGAGGGAGGGGCGGAUUGAGGAGCUUAGGAAGGAUGUGAGAGAGAGGGAGAGUGAGGUGGAGGUGUUACGGGAGGAGGUGGAGAGAGGGAGAAAGGAGAUGGAGGAAGUGAGUGUGAGAGAGGAGGAGUUGGCAGCGACGGUGAAUAGGGUGAUUGGGGAGGAGCAGGGGAAGGUGGCUGCAGCUGAGGAGAGAGUGAGGGAGGUGGAAGGGGAGAAAGAGAAGAUGGAGGAGAGAGUAAGGGAGGCUGUUGGGGAGAGGGAGAAGCUUGAGGAGAGAGUGAGGGAGGUGGAGGGGGAAGUGGAGAGGGUGAGGGGGGAGAGGGUGAGGAUGGAGGAGGAAAUGGUGAAUGUGAGAGAGAGGGCCGGGGAGGCAGAGAAGGAAGUGGAAGGGUUGACAAAGGAGAGGGAGGAACAGAGGAAAGAGGUUGACGAGUUGAAGGACAACCAGGCAACGCUCCGUGCUGAGCUGGCUUCUGUCCGUUCCGAGCUGGAAAGCCGGCAUGCUGAGCUGGAAAAGGUGCGGUCUGAGCUGGCAGCAGCAACCGGAGAUUUAGAGAAGGAAAAGGCAGCAGGGGCAGUGGCAGCAGCAGAAAUGGAGGGACUCAGAUCCCUGCAUGCUCUGCUGCAGGAGGAGCACGGGCGAAUGGUAUCAGAGCAGGAUCGGCUGGUGGGGGCGUAUGAGAGGGAGGUGCAGGAGAAGGACGAGGUGAAAGCAGAGAAAGCAGCGCUGGUUGCUAAAGUUGCCGAGGCAGAGGCUCGGCAGGAGCUGGUUCGGAGGGAGGAGGAAGUGCGAGUGUUGAGGCAGCAAAAGAAUGAGGAGGUUGAAGGGUUGAAGCAGCAGCAGCAGGAGCAGCAGCAAAAGCAGCAGCAGGAGCAGGAGAAAGAGAUUCAAGCGUUGAAAAAGGAGGUGGAGGAGUUGAAGCAGCAGCAGGCUGUGGGUGUGGCGGAUGCACACACGUGGAAGAAAGCUACUGAAGUGCAAGCCGCUGAUCUGGCAACAGUCAAGGCUGAGCUGGAAACUGCCCACGCUGAGCUGGCCGAAAUGAAGAUUGAGUGCGAGAGUAAAGGGCGUGAGCUUGCAGCUGCUGCUGACGAGGCAAAGGCGAAAGAAAAAGCUGUGGACGAGAAAGAGGAAAUAUGCAGAAAGCUGACAAAUGAGCUGGAAUCGCUAAAAGCUGAGCUGGAAAGUCGUAGCGCUGAGCUGGCGGCGCUGACGGUGAAGGACGAAGGAAUAGCAGCGGCGGUGAGGGAGCAGAUUCAGGCUCGGAGCGAGGCAGAGGGGCAGGUAAGAGAAGCUCAAAAGGAGGUGCAGCUGGUGCAGGCUCAGCUGGGGGAGGUGCGAUCUGAGUGUGAAGGGCUGAGGGAUGCAAAGGAGAGGCUUGAAAGGGAGGUGGAGGAGGGGAGGAGAGCGAUUGGUGAGAAGGAAAAGGAGGCUGAGAGGAUGGUGGGAGAGGUGGAGAGAGGGAGGGCCGAGGCUGCAAAGGCGGAGGGAAGAGCAGAGGCACUGCAAGGAAUGGUGGCUGCUCUGACAGUAGAGCUAGGCGCUCUAAGGAAGGAGCUUCAGGAGGAACGGGAAAAGGCAUCUGAUCGUGUUGCUGCUGCCACUGCUGCUGCUUCUGCUGACGUGGCGUCCGCUGCUGCGGUGUCAGAGUCGCUGCGUGCCAGGCUGGCAGCGGCAGAGGAGAGAGAGAAGGAGCUGGAGCGGAGGGUGGAGGAGAGAGAGCAGCAGCUGGUGCGGGGAGUGGGGGAGGGGGAGGCGAGGGCAGGAGCGGUGGUGAGAGCAGCGGAGGAGAGAGCAAAGGAGGUGCAGAGGCAGUUGAGAGAGGAGCAGGCGAAGGUGGUGGCAGCGGUGGCAGAGGCGGAAGCAGCUGCUGCUGAGGUGGCGAGCCUGAAAACGGAGAUGGGGGAAGUGAGAGCAGCGUUGGGAGCAGCAGAGGGUGAAGUAGAGAAGUUGCGAGGCGAGGUGGAGGGAGCACAGGGCGAAGCAGCGGAUGCAAAAGCACAGGCAGCAGCAGCACAGAAGGAAGCAGAGAGCAUGAGGGCCACAGUGCGAAGCACGGAGCAGGAAGUGGCUGCAGCGAACACCGAUGCGGAGCAGCUGAGGGAGGCACUGGGGGAGGUGCAGCGGCAGCUGCGAGUGGUAACACGAGUGAAGGAGGCACUGGAUGGUGAGGUGCGCAAGUGGAGAGAGGAGGCGGUGCUGCGGCAGAAGGUGGAGAGUUCAGAGGAGGGUGGGCGGGCUGAGCGGCGCGUGAUUGGGCUGUGGAGGGGCGCUUCCGAGGGCGCUCAUCAGCAGCAGCAGCAGGGGGGGUUGCAGCAGGGGGGGUUGCAGGGGCAGGGAAGGCAGCAGGGACAGGGGAGGCUGGCGUCGACCUCCGCCCCUCCCAAGGUCUCCCAUGCCUCUCACCCCGUGCCCCUGCUGGCCCUGCCUGCCCAAGUGGGCGCCUCCCCCAGUAGCACCGCCCCUGGAGUGUCCCACGCCGCUCCACCUGCUGCUGAUGGCACCGCAGCAGAAGGCGGCUUUAAUGCAGACCGUCUUGCUCCUGAGGGGCUCCCUGCACCAGCACCUGCCCAGGACCAGGGUCUCGUGGUGCGUGAGGGUGACGUGAUUGGUGGAGGCACUUUGGCAGCUGCUGCUUCGUCCGGUUCGCCCGCUGCUGCUGGUUCCGUGCCUGCAUUGCCAGUCACCCCUGCCACUGCGCCAGGCUCUCACACCAUCCCUCACUCAGCCACAUCCUCUCGCACUGGCUCCCACACCCCCACGCUUGGUUUCUCUCAUUUCAUUCAUCGCUCCAAGACUGAUACUGCACGGGCGCGCCCCUCAUCCGCCGAUUUCACCUCCGCAGUCAAAGCUGUCCGCCUAGUUUCCGCGUUUCGCGGCCCUGGCACAGGCAAUGCCAGCCCUGCAGCCCAGGGAAGCCCGAGCCGGAGCCGUAGGCCCGGAAGCCCUGGUUCGGCAACUGCAGGGCCGAAGGCGAGUGGUGGUGGGGGCGGGACGCUGAAAAGGUUUGGCACAGGGAUGGUGGGGCGGUGGAGGGGUGGAAGUCAGAGUGCAGUUGGCAGCACCGGAGGCAGUGGUGUGGAAUCUCAGGCUGAGCUGGGGGAGGUUCAGCCUGCACCUGCGCCUCGCAUACAGAGUGAUGCGCACUAG